ACCACCCCAGCUGCCAAUGGCUUCUCAGGACCCAGCGGCAGGGGGUGGGAAUAAGGGGUUCACACGGGAUCUUUCACCCCGGCACGGUGCCCUGCUCGCUUGUCUUCCCAUCCCCCAGCGUGUGGUUUCAUCUGAGCCGCCGGCUUCCCGGACUUGGGAAUUCCCCCCCAUCCGGCUCGGCAGCCAGAUCCUGAUCUUGUGGGGAGGAAGGGGGGGCCUGGACGGCUGUAAAUCCCUGCGCUAUAUAGAUCGCAGGUGGCAGGCUGGAAGGCCACACCCAGCCCCAUCGCCCGCCGGCCCCGGGUGGCCAUGGAGUGCGUCGUCCGCCCGGCCCAGAGCACCGACUGCGACCACGUCAUGGCCAUGAUCCGUGAGAUUGCCGAAUAUCAUAACGAGCUGGACAAGGUGACAAUCAACUCCCAGGUGUUGAGGGCUGACGGGUUUGGAGGGGACCCCUUCUACCAAUGUCUCGUAGCAGAACUGGCCCCGGAGCAAGAAGACAAGCAAGGUCACCUAAUCGGCUACACCUUAUUCUUCUUUGGCUACAGUAUGACCUCCGGCCGCAUCGUCUACGUGGAGAAUCUAUAUGUGGUCUCUGAGUUCAGAGGCCGGGGGAUUGGGAAGAAGCUGCUGAGUGAAAUGGCUAAGGUGGUGCUGGCCCGGGGCUGCACCGAGAUGAAGUUCACGGUGGCGGCGUGGAACAGCCAGGCCCUGGCGUGGUACCGGCACCUCGGGGCCCAGGACAAGACGGAGGCGAGCGACUGGCACUGCUUCGAGCUGGGGGCCGAGGCCCUGCGCAAGCUGGCAGGGGACGGACGGUGAUCUGGGGCCAUGGGGAGCCGGGCUGGAUACGGCCACUGGUGCCAAGCAGGGGCCACGGAGCUAAACCAGACGGAGCCCUCCGGGACCCAUGGAGUCCUGCAUCUGCACCCCACAGCCCUCCCUCCAUCCAUCCCACACAGCCCUCCAUCCAUCCUUCCAUCCCUCCUUCCAUCCCACACAGCCCUCCAUCCCUCC